AUGUCCUCAUUAUCUACAACCGAUUCCACCAAAUCCUCUACAGCCAUGCACUCAACUUCCGAAACCUCUAACAAAGCCACUUGGGCCCAUAGCCUCUUAACCUCGAUCCGGGAUUUCUUCAUCGGCGACCCUGCCUCACGCGAAAGUGAUGCCGAUGCCGUGGAGGGAUGGGUUGGUGUGCGAACCGGUCGAGGGAGGUGUCGGUCUAUUGGGGAGGUUCAUUGA